AUGACUGAAGCUCCCGAGUCUAGGUUUUAUACCGAUGUGGAUGCCUUACAAGAAUUGGGAAUAUCAGCGCAAGAUAUAAAGAAGCUUAAGGAUGGCGGAUUUGCUACCAUUAAGGCCGUGUUGACCGCUUCCCGAAAACAGCUAACAAGCCUUAAGGGUAUUAGCGAAAUUAAAGUCGAAAAGAUUAAAGACUCUGCGUCAAAAUUAUCAGGACCAUCUUUUAAAACAGGCAAGUGA